AUGAUCUUGUGGAUCCUCUCUUGUUUUAUACAGGCUCUGACACUAGGACGAAACCAACAAAGUUUGGAAACUCCACUCAUUAACCUGAAGCAUUUAAAAUUGAAGGUGGGCUUGCACAAAUUUGAGCUUUUGGGAAUAGCUUGCUUGUUAAGGAGUUCACCAAAUUUGGAGAGUUUGUCUUUGAUCACGGGCAAAAUCGCUCCCAUUUUGCAUUAUGACCUUGACGCUGAGGUUGUGUUUGACUUGUACGACUUUGAGAAGUGGCUCUACUGGAAAUCGCAAAUGUGGUGUUUCAAUUGCCUCAAGAAGAUUGAGAUACAUGAGUUUUUUGGUACAAGAUUACUGAUGGAUAUGAUCGAGUUUGUGCUCAAGAAUUCAGCGGUUUUGGAGAGUGUUGUCAUUUACUUUGAUGAAAGGAUCUCCAGCCAUACAGAUCCUGAAUAUCAAAAUAUGAGUCGCUUGAAGUUUGAAAUCAACAGUUUUUAUAGAGCUUCAUCUUCUGCCAAAAUACUGUUCUUGUUGACAUUGUAG